UUUCCGGUCUGCACGCGGCACGGAGGAGAACUGUGGGGGCGCUGUUACCUGUGCGCGCCUGGCACUCUGGGAGUUGUCCCUUGCUGCCCCCGUGUCCCCACGCCUCUCAGCCCCGGACUUUCUGGCACAGCCUGGCCGGGCGCCGAGAGAGGCGCGGUGUCGAGUGCGACCUCCCCCUAAAGCAGUGCCCUGUGCUAAAGGUACUUAUUAGGAUGAGUGGGAUUUGGAGAAAUUCUAUUUUCUGUCUAAGGAUAGGAAAGGUACCACAAAGAUGCCAAAGUGGUAAUCCUCCAGUGGUCCCUCUGGGAUCAAGGAUUUUAACUGACCCCGCCAAAGUUUUUGAGCACAACAUGUGGGAUCAUAUGCAAUGGUCAAAAGAAGAAGAAGCAGCAGCCAGAAAAAAAGUAGAGGAAAACUCAGCCGUGCGAGUCCUUCUGGAAGAGCAAGUUAAGUAUGAGAGUGAAGCAAGUAAAUAUUGGGACACAUUUUACAAGAUUCACAAGAAUAAGUUUUUCAAGGAUCGUAAUUGGCUGUUGAGGGAAUUUCCAGAGAUUCUUCCAGUUGAUCAAAACACUGAAGAGAAUGCAAAAGAAUUAUUAUGGGAUCACGUAAAAACUAAUGCUGCAAAUAGUUUUUCAAGAAUGCACUGUGCUACCAUGCUUGAAGAAAAAAUUCAUUAUAAGAAAAGUUCUGUCUUGUCAGAUGGUCAAAGCAAAGCAGGAUCUAAUUUUUCUAACGUAGACUCUGAAGAACACAGAAAAGGACCUCUCAAGCCUGAGCCAUUUCCUGGUAGCAACGCCACUUUCCGAAUCCUAGAGGUUGGCUGUGGUGCUGGAAAUAGUGUUUUUCCAAUUCUGGAUACUUUGCAGAAUGCUCCAGAGUCCUUUCUUUAUUGUUGUGAUUUUUCUUCUGGAGCUGUGGAGCUAGUAAAGUCACACUCAGCCUACAGAGCAGCCCAGUGUUGUGCCUUUGUUCACGACGUCUGUGAUGACGGCUUGCCCUACCCUUUUCCAGAUGGGUUCCUGGAUGUCAUUCUCCUUGUCUUUGUGCUCUCUUCUAUUCAUCCCCACAGGAUGCAAGGUGUUGUAAACCGACUGUCCAAGUUACUGAAACCUGGGGGAAUGCUGUUAUUUCGGGACUAUGGAAGAUACGAUAAGACUCAGCUUCGUUUUAAAACGGGGCAUUGUUUAUCUGAAAAUUUUUAUGUUCGAGGAGAUGGUACCAGAGCAUAUUUCUUUACAAAAGGGGAAGUCCACAAUAUGUUCUGCAAGGCUGGGUUAGACGAGAAGCAAAAUCUGGUUGAUCGUCGCUUACAAGUUAAUAGGAAAAAACAAGUGAAAAUGCACCGGGUGUGGGUUCAAGGCAAAUUCCAGAAACCAUUACACUUGACUCAAAAAGCUCCAACUUGAUAUUUUCUCUGUCAUAGCUGAACUGUGUACCAUGUUAAGGUACAAAUGAGAGGACCAUGCUGUUCAAAGACUUCUAUAAAUAUUUCAUUUCUAAAAAGACAAUCAGAAGAAAAUUUGUAUAUUCUGUUGUUUAUCAUAGGUGAGCUCCUUUGUGUAUUUUAAGCACAUGCAAGUGAUUUGAACGAGUGCACCAUGUUCUGUGUUUUCAAAACUUAAUAUGAUCAAGCUUGUUUGGGUUUAUUACGUCUAACCAUUUUGUUUGUUCUUUGAAUUUUGUAAGUAUUCAAUUAAAUUACUGACAAAUCAGAUUCUGAGAAAUGAUAAUCGGUCAUUUUUUAGAAGUGGGGAAAAUCAUCUACUCUAGUUAUAUAUUAGUCAAACACAAUUUAACUCCCCUCCAGUGUUAUCAUGGAAAAAUCACAAGCCUAAGACAAAGGUAUAUUGUUUUUGUUUUGUUGUCUGUUUUCCCCAACACUUUUUUUUUUUUAAUUCAGAAACUAAAGUCUGAUGUAGAAUUUUAGUUUUUCUUUCCUUUUCUAAAAUUGGGGAAGUAUAACCCAUGCUAACGUUAUUUUCAUACUAUUUGGUGUACAAAUUGUUAAAAGCUCUCUUUAAGAUAACUGUUAUACCCAAGACAAUUCUUAAAUUGUAGCCAUUAAAAAUUUGUUUACCACUUUGCCUCAAAAGGAUAUAAUUUGACUUGCAAAUUGCAGUUUGCACUUAGAAUGGAGUUUUUUGUUGUUGUUUUGUUUCGUUGAUUUUUUUUUUUCUUUUUGCACUUAGAAUGGAGUUUCUAA